UACUAAUUAAAUGAUUAAAUCACUAAUCCUACUUAUAAUCAACACUAUAAAUACAUAUACAGUCUUAUUGAUUUCUCUCUCGUCGCUCCUCUCCACUUUCCCACUCACUCCAAAGCGAUGAGCAUCAAUCUCUCGGAAGAAUUCAAACGAAAGCGCCACCGCCCCUCCGCCAUCGCUGACGUCGAUUCAAAUUCAUCGCCCUCCAGCACUGAAAUUAUAUCAGCAAACACAGAAGAAGACGAAGACCUCGCCAAUUGCCUCAUCCUCCUCGCCCGCGGCCGCCUCCGCCCCCAAUCCAGCCGCCGGAAAUUCGCCGAAGACGCCUACGAGUGCAAGACCUGCAGCCGCACUUUCGCCUCCUUUCAAGCAUUAGGCGGCCACCGCGCCAGCCACAGAAAACCUAAUUCCGCCGCGGAAUUAUUCGAUCGUAAAAUUAGGUCACCGCCGGCGCCGGAGGCGGCCAAAUUCGGUAAAUUCAACACGAUUGUUAACACUCCGCCGCCUCCAAUAAAGCUGCAGAUGAGUACCAUCCACGAGUGCUCAAUCUGCGGAUCGGAAUUCGCGUCGGGGCAGGCGCUGGGCGGCCACAUGAGACGACACCGUUCUCCUCCGCCGGCGGCGAGAAGUGGCGAUGAUUCUGAUUCUAGCGAUCACGAUCAUCGUCGUCGGAAUGUGUUCUCGUUGGAUCUCAACUUUCCGGCGCCGCUGGAGGAGUUCUCGAAGCCGCGGCUGAUUUUCGCGGCGGCGGCGGCGGAUUGCCACUACUGAGGGAGGGUUGACUAUAUCGGUCAAUUAAUGUGAAUAAUUUAUUUAUAAUUUUUAAAAUUUGGAUAGUGUUAUGAAAUUAUAAGUGGCAUUUUUAAAUUUUUAAUCAACAACUGAUGUUGAUGAUCAGCAAUUCUUUGAAUCGAGCCAAAUAUUUUAUUUGGUUUUUACGUUUGGAAUUGAAAUAUAUUGGAGUGAUCAAGUGGUCACAAUUCAUGGUUGCCUU